AUGUCUUCUUGCAGACAAUGGAAAGCCAAAGCUCAGCCAUCACAGGCAGAGCAUCAACCCAAUCUUCCAGCACGACGUGCAGGGAACGGCUCUGCCGAGGAGGCGAGCGCGGCAGCCCCUUCUGGUUUCGAAGCGCCUGUUCGACAAGAUGGAUCCAGACGGCAAAGGCAUAGGCACCAAAGCGCGGCUUGGGGCAGCUGGAGCAACUACGGGUAUGGCCCUUGGCAAAGUUGGCCAACUUGGAAUCCUGCAGACGGCUUUUCGAAUUCUGACUGGUAUGCUGGACCCAACACGCACCGGUCCAGAGAAUUCCGAGCCCAUCGGCCACAAGCUCAGUCUGUCGAGAUCAUUCCUGAGAGUGCAUCUGCCGGCCUUCGCCCAGAACAGCUGUUAAGAAGAAGCCAAAGACAGUCCGAGACCCGUCAGCAUAGCUUCGUGCCUGCUGAUGAUGCUGCCGCACCCGAUGCGAAUGAUGCUGACGCGGACGACGGCGGCAGGCCAAGCUCCGGGUCCGCGGAGACGACAACUACGCCAUCUGCAGUGGUAGAGGACGCCGAUGCCGAAACCAACCCUCCGCUGCGGCCGGGCGCAUUGUCUGCACCAACCGCGGCACCGGCACCUCCUCAGCAGGAGGAGGAAGGAGAGAAGAUAGAGAAGGUUCUUUCUGAGGAGCCUAGGUCUUGGCUAACCGGAGCUCCAGAUGGCUUGGCUUACAUCGAGGAUUUCCUGGCGCAAACAAAUGAGCCGCAAGUGGUGGAGGAUUGGGAGGACAUGGCAGAGGACCUUGCCGAAGAUCGCGAGCCUCCAUGGUACAAUGUGCCCUAUUUGUUGCGGUAUCGGUUUCGAGAGCCGAUUGCGGACACCAGCUUGGAAGGUUUGCCCAGCUUGGGCCGGCGGCCUAAGCCUGCAGUGCCGCUUCGUGCUCCAGGACGUGAUUUGGUAGCAGCUAUCAAGGAUGUGUCCGGAGAAGGCCUAGCGCUUGGGCUCUCACCUUUGAGUGCCGUGGCAAAUUAUGGACAGGCUUUUGCAGCAGGCGUUUCAGCGAGUGGAAGCUGGGACAAGGUGGAACUACUGCCGUGGUCCUUACUGCACCCAGCUGGUCCUCCAUCGUGGGGUGAAGGUCGAGAAGCCACUGUUCGCUGGCGCUUCCAUGUGGUUGAUUUACGUGCUAAGCCCACUGAAUUCCAUGCGGGCAACAAGAACCUGCUGCACUUAACUGACGGGACCGGGAAUUGGGAGCAGACGAAGCUGCUGCCAGGAAUUCUGACCGUGGAGAUAUGCUUGCAGCGGAGCCUCCCUCUUCACGUUCAAGUGGGACCUUGUCAACAGAGAGAGGGCCAGGCAGACGAGCAUGAGGUGCGAGCACUGGUGCUCGCUGACAAGCUCUGCCUGUGUCUAGACCAUCGUCGGCCAGAGACUGGACUUCACUGUUUCUGUCCGGAGGCACUACUUGCUGCAGCAGCCCCGAUGCCUGCCGCCAGCGAGGUGGUUAACUGGGACAGCACUGCAGACUACAUGGCCAGCUGGCGGCCUGCUGUUGAGCUGGAGGCUGCAGCAAGUGCUGCAGAUGAGGAUGACACCAGAACCCUUUCGAAUGUCGACAUCGCAUGGGGUGAAAAAGGGCUGGGCUCCUUCGUGGUGCCCAGUGCUCUGGCAUCAGCACAUCGCAUGAAGAUGCGCGGCUUGAUUCGAGGAGAAGAUGGGCCGACGGAGUGGAGCUCUGGCUGGUUGUGUUUGCGUCUCCCGGCGCAGCAAAGCGGAGGUAUCGGUUGGCGAGGCCAUGCAGGCAUUGUCGAUGCUGAUCUCGUCGGUGACGACGGUAAUGCUCAGCCUUUGGCUGUCGUUGUUGGUGAGGAGGAAGCUCAAAUUCCACAGACGAUGUCCCUUCGCAUCAGCUUCCAGAUGGUUCCUGGUGCUUCAGACUCCUCCGGGACGCCCAGAACUAGGAAAGCUGGCUACAUAAUCGAGUUCAUUCCGAAAUCGCUGCCAUACAGCUGCAUGGCGGUGGCACUGGCAGAGCUGAGUUCUGCAUCUCCGCUGCUCCGGGAGGUUGUCCUCCAGGCCAGGGCACCAGCCCCUGGAGCCGCCCCUGGCCCUGCAGCUGCACAGCAAUGCCUUGACGACGAGGCUUCCUGGCACUCGGAAACGCGGGAGUCUUUUGCAAAGAGUAUGGACCUGAAGCCUUGGCGCUUGAAUCCUCCUCAGGAAGCGGCGGUUCGCGGCUCCUUAGAGGAUGCCUUGUCGCUGAUCCACGGCCCCCCCGGGACUGGCAAAACCACUACAGCCGCUGCGCUGUGUGUGCUGUAUGCCUUGUGGAAUCUUGACUGUGGUCAAGUAGCAGCCGUACUGUACUGCACGCCAAGCAAUGAUGCUGCCGACGUUGCCUGCAUCCGCGUUGCCGAAUCAUCGGCAAGGCAUUUCCAGGCCCUGGCCACAAAGCGGCGCCAAGAAGUCGUUGCCGCUGGGACCAGCGAGGACUGCCCGAUCUGCUUCAAUGGUUCGUGCGAUGCCAUCACUGCUUGCGGUCAUCAAUUUCACCGGAGCUGUCUGGAACAAGCUCGUGCUGCAGGGAACUCAACUUGUCCGCUUUGUCGUCGCCCGCUGCGCCAGUCUGAGGGAGGUUUAACAGCACUUCGAGUCUACAGCGCUGAGAUGGAGCGCGGCGAUUUUCCUGUGCCCAAAAGGAUUGAUCACCCUAGCGCAAAGCCGCGAAAGGUGAAGACGGUGUCCGAGGCUAUGCGCCCAUUUGCUUUGCAUUGGCGCUGCCACGGCCGAGCUCCAGGUGUGGAGCCGACUGCGGAGUCCUUGGAGGCAGGCGCAGCCUACGAACGAAUGCUACAGGCGGGGCUCAGUAGCCCUCUCUUCGACGAGCUUCGCACAGAAUACUACUUGGCUCUUUCAGCCGCUCGUGCUGCAGAGCUGCGCCGCACAGAUGUGGUUUUCGCAACAUGCAUAUCUGCACGACGUGGUGGAUUGGCAGCUGCUUUACAGGCACCUGGAGCGCCAGAACUACUGCAGGUGGUGUUGGACGAGGCUGGGCAGGCCCCAGAACCAGAAGCGCUUUGCCCCAUGACACUGGCGAAAAACGCCAAGAAGAUUGUCAUGGUCGGCGACCCCAAGCAGCUUCGGCCCAUCGUCACCAGCCCACAAGCUGAGAGAAUGGGUCUUAAUAUAUCGUUGCUCGAGCGCUUGAGCGACGCGCCUGCUGGUAAGCCUCGGCUGUUGUCUCUGCAGUAUCGAAUGCACGAGGAGUUGAAUGAGUUUCCGGCAGCAUACUUCUAUGGCGGCCGUGUCAGAACGGAUCCCGCUGUUCUCGCUCGUCGGCCUGGACGCUUGGCGCACCCGACUCGGCCGAUGAUCUCGAGACCGUUCCUGUUCUGGUCGUCUCACGGCGGACCUUCGGAACAGAUUUCACAGGUUCGAAGCUCAGCUGCCAGCGCCAAGUCCCGUUUCAACCCGGCAGAGGCGUUGCGAGCUGCAGCACUGGCACGCUCGCUAGCAGCCAAAGUGGGCGACAGCCGCGUAGCGGUGCUUACCUGGUACAACGCCCAGGUGGCACAAUUGAGCGAGGCACUCGCCGGGACUUCAAUUCACAUUGGCGGUGUUGUUUCAUCUCAGGGCAAUGAAUGGGACUACGUACUGCUGUCAACCGUUCGCAGCUCGCCUGGUGGCCUUGGUGCCUUAGAGGACGAACAUUUGCUGGACGUGGCCCUCACGAGAGCACGGCUAGGAAUGUGCGUGCUUGGAGCGCCCGAGACAUUGAGGCGCAUACAUGCUUGGUCGUGUCUGUUAGACCACUGCGAAACCCGUGGUCUUGUGACGACCUCACAGCCUGUUGUUAUGCCAUAA